GGUACUUCCGUUUGAUAAUAUUAUUAUAAAAAUCGAAAGUUUUGCUUAUUUUCCCGUUUUGAUACAUCUUAAACCACAUUCAAAGAUAGUGAUCAACAAAUUGUAUCGUUGUCUCAAGUUUCCCAAUGAAUACAGUUCUGCGCUCUGCUGCAAGAAGGGCAGCUACAAGAGUUGGGAGACCUAAGCGACGUACAUAUGCUCCAUAUACUGGAAACAGAAAACUUAACACAACGGAAAUGGAACAUCCAGUAGAAACAUCAAUAAGGAAGAAAUUAAUAGAGAAUUUUCAGCCAGUUCACCUUGAUGUGAUCAAUGAGAGUUUCAUGCACAGUGUGCCUAAAGGUUCAGAGAGUCAUUUCAAGGUCAUUGUGGUGUCUAACAAGUUUGACAAAGUGCCAUUAAUAAAGAGACACAGACUGGUGAAUGAUGUCUUGAAGGAAGAGCUUCAAUCUUCAAUACAUGCACUAUCAAUAUUUGCCAAAACACCAGCUCAAUGGUCAACUUCACAGACAGUUUCUAAAUCCCCACCAUGCCAAGGUGGGGCAGGACUUUGAACUACAACACAACUAACAGUUUCUUAAUCCCCAAUCUUAGGGUGCUAGAUUAGUACUGGUAGUUGGAUUAUGAACAGAUUUAGCUCAAGUCAUCUGAGAUUAAGAAUAAAGAAUUACUCAGAUUGGUGGGUGUGAAAGAUAUUUAUUUGUACAAAACUAUUUGAACAGAUGAGAGUCAGUUAGCUGUAUGUAAUGAAUGUCCUGUGGCUACAAGAGAGUCCUUGGGAUUUUUCCAAGCAGGUUGGAUCUACAUCUAAAAAUAGAAAAACUGUCUCCAUAAUAUUAGCUUGCACUUGAACCAUAGGUUCUCCACCUCUUUUGCCAGAGCACAUAGUUCUUUGUUCCUCUAUAAGGUUUAGUUGUCUUAUAGUAGUAGUUAUUUUACUUUAUUAUCCUAUUACUUGUACAAAAGUAUCUGUGUAUUCAAUGAGUGCAAUAAAUGUUAAUAU